AUGCACACUCCGGCACCCACUGAACUCUUCAUCUCAGGGGCCCUCCCGGGCUCUGGCACUUUCCCUUCCUCAUCAGCGCUCUCUGCUUACCAGCAUCCAGCCUCUUUCAGCGGACGCAGCUUCCCAGUCACGUCAUCCCUGACACUCCAAGAUGCUACUUUCAGCCCAACAUCCAAUGGCCUACUGUCCCCCCAUGACCCUCUACUUCACAUCAAAUCCUCUCAGCCCAGUGUUCCUUCAUCCCUCAGUUUUGACAGACUGGGCAGUGCGGUAUUGGGUACAGGCUUACCCUCUCAGAGCUCAGCAUAUCGUAGCGCUCAAGAAUCAGCUUCCCGCCACCUCCCCUCCCAGUUCAAUCUUUUGUCAUCCUCGCUGGGACCAUCUGACCAGACGUCCCAGCUUUACAACACUUCAGUCUUCUCCAGUUCCCCUGCCUCUUCCAUUGAGCGGGCCAUCCCCCGGCAAGAUAGCGUGAUCAAACAUUACCAGAGACCUUCUAGUGCCCAGCCGCAACUGCCUGCUGCCCAUUCUCUCCAACAUUAUCUAAGCUGCGGGGGUAGCUACCAGCAGAUGCCCCACCGCUCCAGCCUUUCCUGCAGUCCCCUUGGCGAUCAGUCCCCCGCCAGCAGCGAAGGCUCUCAGCAGCAGAAAACCUCUCAGGCUACGCGGCAAGAGCCCUCUCAAAGCUACCGUCCCAUUAUUCAGUCUCCCGGCUAUUCUGGUACCACCUCUUCUUCAAAAUCCAAGAGUUACUCGGCUUCCCGCCAACCACCCCGUUCUACAGCCACGCCCAAGUGCCAAAGCAACUACAGUUCAUCCACACCCAAGCCCAGCUCUGUCAUUGCAAGCCAGUCACAGGCCUAUUCGCCUGGCCAGCCUCAGAGUCUCCUUUCCAUGAGCCAAACACAGAGUUAUUCUGUCAGCCAGCCACAAAAUCUCUCUUCAGUUAGCCAGGCCUCACAGGGCUUCAGCAGCAACCAAGCCCAGGACCUCACAAGUGUGAGUAAAGCUCAGAGUUAUUCCAGCAGUGGACAAGCCCAGCAGGGCCAAGCUGGGCAAGGAGGACAAGGACUGCAGACAUGUCAAAAUCAGACUUACUCUCCUGAGCAGCUNUUGUAG